ACUUGGAGCAAAGACUUGAGCUGUUUUUCUGCCUCCCAGGGGAAUGUCCCAAUGGUGGGGUUACGUCUCUAAUGAGGGAAGGUGGUGGACACCUUGUUUUUCAGACAGGGGCAUGUCUCGAGCCCAGCCCCCAGGAAGAGCAGCGAAAGCAUCCACUUUGAGUCAUUACCUGGGCAGGGCUCGGCGCGCAGCUGUCGGUCUGAGCUGGGGAGAGAGGAAGCAAACAGGUGACUGUGGGUCCUCGGCACAGCUGCAGGAUGCCAGGCAAGGCUCCGUGCAGGUGACACACAGGAAGGUGCAGUCGGUCCAGGCAGGCGGGAACGUGACUUUCUCGUGCAAGCUGACCACAAAUGAGGACGUGAUACAAGUGACUUGGCAGAAGGAAAUAGAUGGGGCCGAAGGCAACAUAGCAACUUACAGUACCAUCAAUGGCCAGAAGAUAGCAAAGGACUAUGACAGCCACGUGAGCUUCGCAGACAGCGGGCUGCAGACUUCGGCCAUCUCCCUUCACAGGGUCACCUUGCAAGACGAAGGAUGCUACAGGUGCAUCUUCAACACCUUUCCCUCGGGGGCCAUCACAGGCAGGAUGUGCCUCAAGGUUUACGCCAUCUCAGACCCCAAAGUGGAAGCCAAGUUUAUUCCCAGUCCAGACAUAGCUGAAGACUCCAAGAAAGUGGUGGGGAUGAGCUGCUCAGCAACAGGGAAGCCAGCUCCAAAAAUCUCCUGGCGCCUUCCCAGCAUCCUGCUGCAGAAACCAAGGGAAUACCAUGUCAGGCUUGGAAACCAGACCGUCACUGUCAUCAGCAACUUCACCCACACUGACUCCAAAAUCAUCCAGGAGUACCCCAUCGCCUGUGUGAUCCAGCACCCAUCUCUGAAUGUGACCCUGGACCUGCCCAUGGACAGCCUCGCACAGGGUCAGGACAGCGCCAUGGCACCAUCUGUGGCCAUUGUCAUGGGAGUGAUGGUCCCUCUGAUUUCCCUCCUUCUCCUCGCCUGCUUCCUUUGCUGCUGCCUGAGACACCUACAUGACCCAGAGAGAAACCUGGCCCGGACUGGCUGGGUAGGUCUCUGUUCCCUUGCUGAGGAACAGCAAAGUUCAGAUGGCAACCAUAACCUUACACCACUCUUCUGCAUCUCUUAAAAUGACCCACCUACGUAUGGCAUGGCCAAGCCAUGCCUUCAAGAAAGCGUCUUGAACAGAAGAGGGGCUCUUGAGGAAGAGCGUGCCAGUGUGUGGUGCUCAGGAUGGGAAACGGCCACACAUGAGCCUGUGGGGUGCUGUGAAGGAUGCAAGUUCAAGGCGGGAGCAAACCCAGCGGGACACUGCAGCUUGACCAAGUCCCAGUCCUGUUUUGUGCUGAAGGCAUCUCAGCCUCCUUGCAGGAUGCACCUGAGGCGUGCACCCUUGCUUUUAAAUGCGUGUUUUGGGGAUAAAAACAAAAAACAAAAAAA